AUGGCCUCAAGCAGGCUUCAAGACAGGAAUCUCGAACUCACCAACAAGCUUUUCAAUUUUGGGUUUACUCAGUCUAGCCACGAGCACUGCCUUUUCAUCAAGAAUACAGACUCUGAGUUCACUGCUCUCCUGGUCUAUGUUGAUGAUAUCCUGCUCACUGAGUUCUCCGAGGUCGCUCUUCACUCUGUUAAGACAUACCUGGAUCAACUUUUCACUAUCAAGGAUCUUCGUCCGGCCAAGUAUUUCCUUGGUCUAGAACUUGCUCGUUCUUCACAUGGCAUUCACGUGACACAACACAAGUAUCUUCAGGACAUCUUGGCUGACACCUCAAUGCUUGAAGGCAAACCUUCACCUACUCCUUUGCCCUCUGGUCUGAAAUUGGUUUGUGACGAUGGGUCCUUGCUUCCUGACCCUGGUGUCUACAGGCGACUUGUAGGCUGUCUCUUGUACCUGGGCUUUACUCGUCCUGACAUUUCAUUUUUUGUUCAGCAGCUCAGUCAGUUCCUCUGA